UAUCCUUUUCAGAUAAAACACAACCCAAUCCAACAUCCCCACCCAUCAAUCCUAUAUAAAUAUCCCAUCAAAUCUUCAUUUUUCAACAUCCACUGCAGCCUUAAAAAUCCUUAGCUAGGUUUUCUACUUAUAAGCAGAGGAAAUUACUUAUUUUUGUUCAUCAAUGGAGAGAAUAAACGCAAUGGUGACACAAAUUCCAGUGGUGAUAUUCAGCAAGACUUCAUGCUGCAUGUGCCACACAGUCAAGACCCUCAUUCGUGAUUUAGGCGUUAAUCCUGUGGUGUACGAGCUUGACGAAAUCCCGAGUGGCGGGGAAAUUGAGCUAGCUCUUUCGAGGGUUGGAUGUCCCACCAUGCCGACGGUGUUCAUUGGUGGGAAAUGUGUUGGUGGAGAAUCUGAGGUCAAUAGCCUUCAUCUCACUGGGGCCUUAAAGCAGAAGCUCAUUGAAGCUGGUGCCUUGUGGGUUUAAUAUGUAAAUGCAAACUAUAUAUACAUGUCAAACCCUAAUAAUAAUGCAGUUUUGUUGAUUAGAGAGAGACUACUGCUGGAUAAUAUGUUGCACAUCAGCUUUUUUUUAGCGAAGCUUGUUUAUGUAUUUGACUAAUAUAAUAAACUACUACUUUAAAUAAUUAAAUGUAUUGACUUUUUGAA